UUUCACUUACGCCAUUCCAAGAGAGAGCAAAAAGACCAGAAAACCGAUUCUCCUUCUUCUUCGUCUUCGUCUUCUCUCCACAAUAUCCAGUCGAAUCAUCCAAAACAAUGCAAAUAAAGGAAAAAAAAAGCUGAGAUUUUGAAUAUGGCAGCUUAGAUAUCUUUUUUUCCCUGAUCUUAGUUUCUCCCUCCACUUGAUUUUUUUUUUACUGUGCCCCCAAAAUGGAGAAUCAAGAGGUUUCUUGUGGUGAUGAUGAGCUGCCGUUGAACCACGUAGGAGAUGAGGAAGAUUUUAGAAGCUGUUGUGGUGAUGAAGAAGUCUGGUUAAAGGAGAGUGAUGAUACAGCUAAAGUAGCUGAUGAGGAGGAGAAUAAAGAUGAACUUGUGGAUGAGUUCUCUGUUAAGAUGUUCUUUAAAGGAGUUUCAUUAUCCGAAAGAGGAGAUUUGAGUUCUGGUUAUUCAGGAAUUGGUGUUGUGUUGGAGAGAUCAGGAGGUUCUGAGUUGUUUCAGGUCCAGAAGAAGCUGGACUUUUACGCUGAAGAGUCUGUAGCUAACUAUUUGGCUUUGAUAGAUGGUCUUACAGUAGCUUUACAGAACAAUCUCGGUUCUGUUGUUGCUGUAACCGACUCAGAGCUGCUCUAUAAUCAGAUAACUUGUGAGGAGAAUCUUGAAGUCCCUCUUCUGGUAGCUUUAAGAGAAAGGGUACUGGAGAAAACAAGUACUCUUGAUGGGUUUGUUCUAAAGCUUGCUCCUUUCUCUGAUCUUGACCAAGCUCUAAGCCUAGCUCAAGUAGCUGUAGGAAUUUGUAAUCUUGAUGUGGAUAAACCAGCUGAGAACUGCUCCAUCUGCUGCGAAGACCGUCUCUCCGAGAUGAUGCUGACACUAAAAUGCACUCACAAGUUCUGUUCUCAUUGCAUGAAAACAUACGUUGAAGGGAAAGUAAACUCUUCAGAAGUUCCCAUCAGGUGUCCUCAACUGCAAUGCAAGCAUCACCUCUCAUCCACCGAAUGCAAAACCUUUCUCCCCGUCACAUCUUUCACCUCAUUCGAGGAAGCUAAUCUGCGUAGCACCAACAACGGCAAGGUUUACUGCCCUUAUCCCAAUUGCUCCUUUCUGUUAGACCCGCGUGAAUGUCUAUCAAGUGCAAGUGCAAGCUCAAGCUCGUCUAGUAUGUCAGAGAAUAGCUGCUGUGUGAAGUGUCCACUCUGUGAGAGGUUUGUGUGCGUGGACUGUGGUGUUCCAUGGCACGAUUCUAUGAGCUGUGAAGAGUUUCAGAUUCUUCCGGUUGAUGAAAGAUAUCCAGAUGAUAUAACGUUGCAUCGGUUGGCUAGGUAUAAGAGGUGGAAACGGUGUCAGCAAUGCCGUAUAAUGAUUGAGCUUGCUCAAGGCUGCAACCACAUGACUUGUCGGUGCGGGCAUGAGUUUUGCUACUGUUGUGGAGCAGAGUACAGAGAAGGGCAACAGACUUGCACUUGCGCUUUUUGGGACGAUGAGGAAGAAGAUGAAGAAAACUCAGAGUCUGAAAACACAAUCCAAGAGCUUGAGCAAUGGCCUUGGGACACAUUCAGCGCAAUUCCUACUGUAAUGGACGCUUACUCUGAGCAAGAAAGGUCUCAGCUCGCUUUGAUCCAACGGUUCUUAGCAGGUGGAGGGUUUAGUCUCAGUGAUCACCAUACUUCUUAUCAGUCGCCACCACCGCCUCCUCCUCCAUGUACUACAGAGUCGUCGUAUGUUGAAGCAGCCAUGAAAGAUCUUCACCAGCUUCCUUGGCUUGAGAGGUUUGUGGCGGUUAUAAGUGAUGAUUACUAUGAAGAGUUUAAUAUCCAGUGAAGGUUUGGUUUUGGAAGAGGCUUAACGGGAGAGUCUCUCGCUCUCUGAAGAAAUUGUUGGGGUUUUAGAUUCUUGAUUGAACUCAAAAGAUGAACUGUGAUUGAAACUAUUUGCUUCAACUAUAUAUAUAUAAAAAAAGAACAUUUUAAGUGGUCCAUUUUAUCAAUCUACUUUUCAAUU